AUUUCUCAUCAUCAUCGUCAACAUUAUGAUCAUCAUCGAUCAUUGGAAACAUCACACUAGCUGCCGUUGACAAACAAAACAAAACUAUAGUCGAGACGGAGAAAAAAUCAAAUCAAAUCACAAAAAUGACAAACGUAAGCCCAAGAUUGGUGCUUUCAACAUUGGCCAUUAGUUUAUUUUUGGCUUCAUUAUUACCAACAAUAUCGUUGGGUCAACGUCCCAAUCCUCGUAAAGUGUUUGGUCCACCUCCUGGAACUGAUAGCCAAGAACCAAGGCCAAUAAUCAUAACACCAUCACCGUCUCCUCUACCAGUUAUCAUAACACCACGACCACCGAUUCCAGUUCCACCUUUUAUACCGCCUGGAAGGCCAUCUCAUUCUGAGCAUCCAUUCAAAGUAACAAAUGUAUGGCGUUCACCAUUGAAUUUAAUUUGGAAUUGCAAACUCAAUCGACAGCCAUGUGAUUUGAAGAAUGGUGUUAAUUUCAUACCAUUCGAGACCGAUAACAGAUCUGGAAAAGAAACGAUUGUUGCAGAUCUAUCAAAAGCUACCCAAAUAUUUGAUGGUCGUAUGCCACAAACCAAUCCGAAAUUGUCAUUCAAAGCAUCUCGUUUGUGGACGAAAAAUUAUUUUCCGGCAAAAUAUCGUAAUGCUUGCUUAUAUCUUAGUUAUUCAAUGAGUGGCCAAUAUCGGAAACAAAUGUAUGUUAUGCAACGAAACGAAGAGGAUGUUUGUGUUUAUUCGGCCGAACAUGGUGGAAUACAAUUCCCUAAUCCAAUUACAAGAUGGAUCGAUGCUCAAAUCCAAUUGGAUCUUCGAUAUGGUGAUGCACGUUUUGUUUUAGAUUUUGAAUAUGAUUUACCAUCAAAUGUCGUUAACUAUCAAGAAACUGGCAUGGUUGAUAUUCGAAAUUUUAGCAUCGCAUAUGGUAAUUGUCUACGUAAUGAUGGCAAUGAAUGUGAUUCAUUACAAGAUAUUAAUCAACCUUGAUCAUUAUUUCUUCGGAUUAUUUCUUUUAACACUUUUUUAUGUGUAAAAUUAGAAAAAACAAAUAAAAUUGUAUUGAUUAAAAAUGUAAA